AUGAGUGAGCUAGUAACGCGGAAGAUCGGCGGAGGUUCAGGGGUCAAGGACGGGGUUUUAGCCGGGAAGAACGCUAACGGUAAGGGCAAAGGCGCAGCGAAUGCGCCAUCAGCAGCGGCGGCACCAGCGGCAGCCACAGCGGCAGCGGCGGCGGCAGCGGCGGCGGCGGCAGCAGCGUCACAGAAGCGGAAACUACCGUCGUGGGCCGACGGGAAGGGGCCGGGGGCAGCAGUGGUGAAGGGCGCUGAUCAGGUCGUGGCGGCGCCUAGCCUCGCCCGCGACUUCUCCUUCCGCCGCGACGUGCAAGCAACAUCGCUGUUCCGUUCCAUACCAGUGCUCGUGCAUGACAUCUACGCGCGCUUCCCCGGGAAGGUGGUGUAUCGUCGCGAGCGCAACGGAGUGGAGGCAGCAGCAAAGGAGCUAUACGCGGCUGUCAAGAACGGGGCCAACGGCAGCAGCGGCAAAAUGGCAGUGGGGCUGGACUGCGAGUGGAAGCCCACUUGGGGAAAAGGCCCUGAGAACCCCUGUGCGCUGCUGCAACUCUGCGCCAACGCGGAUGUCUGCUAUCUCUUUCAUCUCAAGUUCACCGGGGUUCCUGAGACUCUCCGCGCCUUGCUCAAGGAUGCUAGUGUGGUCAAGACAGGGGUCGGGGUUACAGAGGACGGUCGAAAGCUGCGGAAAGACUUUGGUGUUGAGGUGAAUGGGCUGGUGGACUGUUCCCCUCUGGCGGCAGAGAAGGCUGUGGUGCCAGAUGGAGGGCAGAUGGUGGGACUCAAAACACUCACCCGCCUCGUGCUGCAAAAAGAGCUCGCCAAGCCAAAACGAGAGGAAAAGGAGGGGAAGGAAGGGGAGGGCACAAAGGGGAAGGAGGCACAGGCAGAUGUGGAAGCAAAGACGGGGAAGAAGAUCAAGAGGAAGCAGGCGGCACGCGAGGAGGGCAAGAGGGCGACAACAGCAGAUGCUGGUGUAAGCGAAGCAGCAGAGGCAGACGGGCAGAGAAAGAAGAGGAGAAAGCAAGGGAGCACGGGGGAAGGCAAGGGUGAUGGUGGGAGCAGCGGCAGCAAGGUGGCGAGCUUGAAAGAAGCUGCUGCAGACACAGCGAGCAGAUGGAUGGAGCUGAUUAAAAAGGCCACCACACGGCAAAAGUAA